ACAGCAGUGAAAUAGGAGUUUGUACCUGGUGCUUUUCGCUAGAGGGCAGCAAAUAAACCGUUAUGUUUCUUCCCCGGAAUUCUAAACGAAGAAGAAAUGUAACUAGGAAGUGUGUGACACCAUUGUCGGAAAAUGUAGUUCAACGCCAUUGACAUUUCCGUUUGUUGACGAAGGAAUAUGAAUUCUGCUUUACCACAUUUCCCGACAUUCUUUUCGGCACAACUGUAGCAAAGGAAUAGCCGAAAAAACGAAUGACCAGAAUAUAAGACUGCUACGUCUCUUGUGGUCUUCUUCUUAUAAAACUCAGCCAUGAGGAACCUUCUGGCCCGUGUUGGUGUUCUGGGAUCAGUGUCUGCAGCCUUUGGCUCAAUGUUGUUGUCACAAAAAAGCACUGAAUCAGACAAGAUCACUUCCAGUACCACUCCUGCUGGGACACAUUCUAGUUCUCCCUAUGAACUUAAACUGGUCCAAGUCCUGUUUCGACAUGGCGCUCGAACCCCAUUAAAGUCUAUACCUAAUGUCAUGGAGGUCCAGUGGGUUCCCACACUGCUGGAGCCUCCAGCACACACUCACAUCAACUAUGUAGUCACAGACCUUCGUGGUGGCCCCAGACCCUCGUCUCCCGCAGAAGAAAGCUACCGGAAAAACGUACUGACGGGUGGCACAUUCCCUGGUCAGCUCACUACACUGGGCAUGCAGCAGCUGUAUGAACUGGGCCAGAGGCUCAGGACCAAAUAUAUCGAGGAGAUCCCCUUCCUCAACUCUGACUUUAACCCAGCUGAGGUCUACGUGCGCUCCACGAACAUUGUGAGAACCAUCGAAUCUGCCAAGUGCCUGGUCGCAGGGCUGUUUCAGCAAAAACAACAAGGAGUCCUUCAUAUAGAAACAUCGGAGGCAGAUUCUGAAAUCCUGUAUCCUAAUUUCUAUGGAUGCAAUUUGCUGAAAAUCCUUGGCGGACACCGCUGGGCAGAGUCGGUCACUCUGCCAGACAUUGCAGCAGACCUACAGAGCCUGCACAAGGAGCUGGGCAUCCCUGCUCACCAGCAUGUCGACUUCAUCCUCAUUAGAGACGACAUGGUUGCCAGAGAGGCUCACGGUCUUCCCUACCCCUCGGUUCUCAACACAUGGAAGAACAUAGUGGAAAAGAGAGCUGUGGAUAUGAUCUGCCACGUCUACAAACCCAGCAACAGCCAGAGCUUGCAAUUGUGUGUGGGAGCAGUGUUGCACACAAUGUUAACCAACAUGGAGGAGAAAGUGCAGGGCACCCUGUCAGAGCCAAACAGGAAGCUGUUCCUCUACUCUGCACAUGACACCACUUUAAUUCCUUGUCUAAUGGCUCUGGGGAUUUUUGACAUGAGAUGGCCACCGUACGCCGCCGACAUAACCCUGGAGCUGCAUCAGCACAGACAGACCAAGGAAGCCUUUGUCAAGGUCUCAUAUUCAGGCCAGGAUCAACAAAUCCCCGGUUGCAGUGGAGUCUACUGUCCCCUGCAGGAGUUUAAAAAAGCCAUCUCGGCAUACUCCCUGAGUGUUCAACACCACCAGUCCCUUUGUGACAACACUCAGGGCCUAACCAAGCCCCGAGUCCACUAAAGCACAUCAAUGACCAGCGCUACCUCAGAUACUGAUCUCUGAUAGUACACCGCAGCUUUCAACAUGAUGAAACCUCUAUGUCACAACACACUGAACAUCUUAAGGGAAUCUUUUAGUGCACUGUCUUCACUUCCAUGUGACCCUAGUAGUUGAAUAGAAUUACAGUUAAAAAAAUGAAUAGAUCAAGUUUUUUUUUUCCAUCUCAGUAAAUAAAACUGACACAUUUCACUCAGUCAAAACAGCUAACUGCACAUGCACUAUUACAUUUACAACAUAUCUGUUUUAUUGUUGGUAUAAAUUUGCUCCUGGUGUUUUGAUAUUUUCUGAUUCUGAUUUGCUUUAGUUACGUCCAAAAUAGUUGCUUAAGCAAAUGGUACGUGCAUUGUAAUCGUACAAGUUGAGGUUAAUAAUGCUUGAUUGAUGCAUUCUGCUGGGGCAAAAACAAACAAUCCCCAUGUAGAUUUAGUUUUUUGUCUGGUGCUGUUCUUGUUCAAACCCUCCCUUUGCAUUUAUCCAGUCUUAGGACCAGCAGUGGGAAGACGGAGGCUGUGUCUUAACAAUUUGGCAUCAUGAAAGCCUAGAUCUAAUUAGUGAUGCAGUUAACCUGCCAUAAUCAACUUUGUACCCAGUCGUUUCAGUCCUCCUGGGAAUGCAAAGCAUUUCAUGUACUGCAACUAAAGGUGUGCAUGAAGCAAUUUGUACACCAUUGGCCCAUGUACAACAAGCAGCAUUGUUUAUUACUGUGCGUGUGCUUAUUUAAGAGUGACUUUUUUAGGUUACAGUCUUGUGGGGAUUUGCUGGCAGUAUCCAACCACAGUGUAAUGUUGGCACGAAAACAUGCUCACUAUAUAGAGCAGAGAUUUUUUUUAGUCACAAUUAACACCAAUUAUGGCUCAUUAUUAGUGUUUUAUGAUCUGCUGCUCACAAAGCUCACAUAGACUGCAUAUAAGAACUGGACAGUAUUAGCUUGGUGUCUGGCUCUGGUUGUAAAGUAAUGCCACAGAAGAACACAGGAAAGUAGCCAGUGGCUUUUAUAGUAGGUGUUUGUAUAUAAGACUAUGGAAACUGAAGUUUCCGUUUCAUCAGUAACUAUUACCGAUUGAAAACUUCCAUCUGACUUCUGCAGCUUUACCCUGUGUACCAAAGUUCAGUCCAGUCCUGAUGUUAUUUCAUGGUCUGUACUUACACAGUUGAAUGGUUUGAUUGAUGUGGUAAAUAAAGGAUUUGCUCAAUGAUA